AUGCCAGGUGUUUCCGUUAGAGACGUUCCAGCCCAAGAUUUCAUCACCGCUUACGCUUCUUUCUUGCAAAGACAAGGUAAGUUGGAGGUGCCAGGUUACGUUGACAUUGUCAAGACCUCUGCUGGCAAUGAAAUGCCUCCACAAGACUCCGAAGGCUGGUUCUACAUGCGUGCCGCUUCCGUUGCCAGACACAUCUACAUGAGAAAGCAGGUUGGUGUCGGCAAAUUGAACAAGUUGUACGGUAACGCCAAGAACAGAGGUGCCAGACCUUCCAAGCACGUUGACGCCUCCGGUUCCAUCAACAGAAAGGUGUUGCAGGCCUUGGAGAAGAUUGGCAUUGUCGAAAUCUCUCCAAAGGGUGGCAGAAGAAUCUCCGAGAACGGCCAAAGAGAUUUGGACCGUAUCGCCGCCCAGACUUUGGAGGACGACGAGUAA